UGCAUUGAAAUGCCGGCGCGCGCAGGCGCAGUACAAAUCAUCAAUCUACACAACAUCGCGAAGAAAUACGAGUCCCCGUUGUUUGUGCUAUGCUAUGUGGCCAUAUAAGUGAACAUAAUAAUAUGAAGCUGCCGAAAUUCGAUAUCUCAAUGAAGAAGACCUGCAAGCCGGCGAUGCUGGGCCGCAUCUGGCACGCGGGGCGACGGUCGCUGGAGCUCGAGCACUCCCCGCACCACCAGUUCGCCUGCUGCCAGUGGCAGACCGGCACCGCGCCAGCCAGGGCUUACUUAGUAUAUAGGUGGCUACUCUUCCUCACACUGUUAUCGAUUGGUAUAUCAAGUUUCGCCUGCCAGCGCCUGCCUCGCCUCUACGAGGGGCCCGCGAUAGAGCUGAACUACUUCAAGUGGUUCAUCUACUUCACCAACUGGGGCUUCAUACUGAUCAUCCUGCAGGCCGCGCUCGCGCUCGCUGUUGUGCAGAGAUACAGGAACGUCAACACGUUCAGUAUAUCAUGCGACGAGGAGGAGAUGAUAGGUCUGCCGCGGCGGCGCCGGACGCCGCUGCUGUGCCGGGUCUACUGGCUGUGCCAGAUCGUCGCCACAGACCUCGCCUUCGUCAUCACACUCAUCUACUGGACGCUAGUGCACGACCCAAAGAUCCACGACGUCAACACCCUCAACGUGCUAGUACACGGCGGCAACUCGCUAGUGAUGCUCGUGGAGCUUUGCGUCACGGCGCAUCCUGUGCGGGCCGCGCAUGCGCUAUACGGGGCUAGCUUUGGCCUAGCCUACGGAGUCUUCAGCGCGUUAUACUGGGCCGCUGGUGGGACAGACCGCAUCGGCUCGCCUGCUAUAUACCCGGCGCUGGACUGGAAUAAACCAGGAUCGGCGUUCGGUUUCGUGGCUCUAUGUGCAGUAGUGAUGAUGCUAGCGCACGGCGCGGCGACGCUGAUAACGUGCGCGCGCGCGCGUCUUGCGGCGCGGCUGCUUGCGCGUGCGCAGCCCGACCGCCUCGCCCUACCCACGCACUGAGGGUUAAGAAAACGGUGCGUCAGAUACGGCAAAAGCAGAACUCACAUAUGAAAGAGGGUCAAAUAGUGGUAAUUCACGAGACUGGAAAAUUGUGUAACUUUAAGUAGCUUUUCAUAAGCGUAGGUAUUGUCUACCUUAAACAUUGUAGGUCGCACCGUUAUUAUUGUAAUAGUUGAAGACACUGAGCCCUUAGCCAAGGCUCCGAUCACGACGAUAAGUUAAUAAAUACAUAAAUAAGUUCAACAACAAAAUGAUUGUAUGAUAUUAAUAAUAUUAUGUUUAAUGCAUCACGCCAUACACUUUUUUCGUCGCACGUCUUUAGCUAUGACAUCUUGGAUUAACACUCCCAAGCCACUAAUUUACGGUGCCUGCACUAUGCACACCCAGAGAAAGGCACGAAAAUCAAAAUGAUUUUUACGCCCUAACGUGAAAAUGUAGCAUGAAACUAUUCGCUACUGUGUGCAUGUUUUGUGUUAAAUAUAAAGCAUUUAAAUAAUGAAAAAGAAUACAACAACAAUAAUUUAUAUAACUUAU